AGAACAGGAUGAGCUUGCAGGAGCUCGCUGAGGACCAGCGCUACAAGAACCCCAGGCUGGGCAAGCUGGAGAAGAUCCUGCAGGAGCACUUCCAGCCCCUGGGCACCUCCCGUGGCAUUGUCUUCACCAAGACGCGGCAGAGCGCCCACCGCCUGCUCAGCUGGCCGCCGGGCACUGCCAGCAACUGGGAGCCCCACACAGCUGCUGCAGCAUCUCUUCUCCUCCCCCAGAACGAGCAGCAGAAUGUGAUCAAGCUGUUCCGUGAGGGAGCCCUCAACCUGCUCUUCUCCACCAGCGUGGCCGAGGAGGGCCUGGACAUCCCGGAGUGCAACAUCGUGGUCCGCUACGGGCUGAUGACCAAUGAGAUCGCCAUGAUGCAGGCCCGGGGCCGUGCCCGUGCCAAAAACAGUGUCUACUCUGUCCUCGCCAAAGCCAACAGCAGAGAGGUCUCUCGCGAGCUGCUCAACGAGGACCUCGUGGUGCUCAUGGAGAGGGCGAUCAGUGCUGUGCAGGCCAUGCCCGAGCAGGAGUAUCGUCUGCAGAUCGAGGAGCUGCAGCGUGUCGCCGUUGCCAGCUGGCUGAUGAAGGAGGCCAAGAUCAGCGAGAGGCAGAGGCUGCACGACCCCCACGCCGUUCGCCUCUACUGCGUCAACUGCAGCGUGCAGGCGUGCCAGGGCAGCGACCUCCGCACCGUGGAUGGCAUGCACCACGUCAACAUCAACCCCGGCUUCGGGCCGCUUUACAAGGUGUCCUCUGGGAAGGUGCAGCUCCAGCGGACUUUCCGGGACUGGGAGCCCGGCUGCUGCAUCGUGUGCAGCAAGUGCAGCCAGGACUGGGGAAUGGAGAUGAUCUACCGGCAGGUGAAGCUGCCCAUCCUCUGCAUCAGAAACUUUGUGGUGGAAACGCCGGAUGAGCGGAGGAGGUACAAGAAGUGGAGCGCUGUGACGUUCCCUAUCGAGUACGUGGAGUACUGCUCCAGCACCCACGGCCAGUCCCUCUAG